AAUCAUAUGACAACUAAUAUUGGCAGGUAUUUAUGGUGGGUAUUACCAAAGCUAUAAUGACUUGUGGGGAUUUGCCACUUGUAUAUUGAUAUCUUAAAGAAGGCUUUAAAAACUAGUAUGGCCUGUAUUAUACUCAGCAUUUUCAACCAAGAAGCUCGAUCAGCAGGUCCGGCGGUGUCCUGAACAAAUAUUCUGUCCAAUCACGUUCUCAUUCAAAUGACAUUCAAAGUACAGAUUUAAAAUUGGUCACAGUACAAGAAGGACUUCUUCAAAUCUUGGUACCAUUUCGGAUUGAAACGCAAUCAAAUAGUUCAUCCAUCUGAUCACUCUAGCUGAAGAUACUGAACUCGUCAUUUCGAUUGCAACGAAAGACAUGGCUGUUUCCCAGAAUGAAGAUAACACGAAAAAGGGUCUUCAAACCUUGGAAGAAAGCCUCUCUGAGAUGCCCUUGAACAUGCGGCUUUUCUCACUCUCGAUGCGUUCUUUGUAUGCUGACAAAGCAGUUGGAGGGGGCAGCCAAGCUGCUGUAGACUUCCGAAAGCUCCGUGACAACACACGUGACGACGCGAUGGUUUAUUUAAAAGGAGUGCUUCCGGUGGCCACCAAGUUCGUUUCCAACAUCAGUGAGUUCUUCGAGUUUUACACUGCUCUUUCGUACGAAGAAUGGUGCGAGAUGUUGAAAGAUAUCCAACAGGAAAUAAGCAGCUAUAAGGGACUUGCGGUGAUCCUAGUGCAGAUGCACCAAGAUAUACUGGUACCGCUAAAGAAAAGAGAAGACGACGCCACUGUGAUUGUCAAGUCACUCCAAAACCUACAAGCGGAGUACGACAAGAAAAGAAAAGAGCUCGAAAGUUCCGCUGCAACAAAAAGCGGAUGGGCAAUUGGGCUGUCAUUUGUUCCCUUUAUAGGCGCUAUAGCAGGCCCAGUGCUAGCUGCCUCCGCAAACAGUGACCUCGCAGAAGCAGUCGCCAAAGGAGAAGAGUGCUACAUUCAGGAAAGAGCCGCCAUUGCGAUCAAGGAAUGUCUCGUCCCUGCCCUCAAAAACUUCAUCGGUGGUCUUGAGGCUGCAGCCGGUUUCUUUUCUGUCAUGGAGAAUGAGCUGGCGAAGUUUGAGGGCAAAGCCAACAAAGCCUUAGAAAAUAAACUGAUGGUUCAUUACAAAGUGAUGAAGAAAGAAGCCGAAAAGAUGGAUGGGCUGUGCAUGAAAUUCCACGCUGUUCUACCGGCCGUCCGUACUGAUUUUCUCGCCAUCCCUACGACUGGAACCGACAAGUCCUACGUUGAUAAGUGGCUUGAAGAGCAGAAGAAGGUCAUCAAAAGAAAGCUAAAAGAUAAGGCUGGGGGUAUCUUAAAGGCCAUCAAAGAUUCUGACCCUGCUUCUGAAAAUUAACUUUAACGAAGCAGAACGGAAUAUCGCGGGCUGAAAAUCCUCUUUUGUAUAAAGCACUGGCGUACAUUAUUGGGCUCGCGGGCAUGCCCCCCCCAAAAAAAAAAAAAGUUUCACAACCGAGGAAACAAAACAGAAACGGAAAGAAAUUGAAAAUUAAAGAGGAUGGAAUUUUAUGGUAUUUUCUAUGUCGUGAAAAUCUUUACCGAAAUUAGAUUUUGGUAGUAAAAGGUCAAAUUGUAGCUGUCUUGCAACGUUAUAGAAAUAUUUCACCAUAUGGCACAUCUGACUCCUAAAAUUUUUGGAUCCAUUGCGAUCUGGUAUAGACGACCAUUCCCACUCCCUUUAAAUCCAUUGAGGAAUGAAAUAUUGCAUGUUUUAAUCAGCACAUGCCCAGCGAUGGAUUGGGGGUACUUGAUCCCCAAAGUUCCAAGAUGAAAAAGAAAAUGAGACAAAAAACCACAAUAAAUAACUUCAAAAUGACACCUUUCUCCCCCCCCCCCUUACAUACGGCCUUAUUUUCGAUAUCGAUCCACCUUAGUUGCGAGCAAGAUAAAAAAGAAUAUCUGUUUUCACCACAUCCAUAUUGCACCUUCCCAGUGGCGUACCUAGGAUUUUCCACAGGGGGGGGGGCAAAUCGGCCGCAAAAAAAAGGUCUUCAAUCAAAAAUAAAGGUUUUCGUACCAGAAAAAAAAUUGACAAGCAAAAAAAAAAAAGGUCUUCAAGCUCGUCAGGGAGGGGGGAUAUGUUUUUUGUAUGGGUUGUGGCUCGUCAGGGGGGCAGACUGCCCCCCCCCCCGUAGGUACGCUAGUGCACCUUCCUUUGGCUUAGCAAAAACAUUUCGUUACAAUUGCCAGCCACUGAUCUGUUUAUCAAACACACACACAUAACAAGCACCUCCUCUGAAAUUGUGACUGUACAAUGUUUUUUUUCUUAUAUGGGCAUCAUGAUUUAUGGCGAAAAAGUCCACGCUUUUUAAAGUCAAAUUGCUAUCAUUUGAAUUAUUAACUUGAUUGGUGUGCAUUUGUAUUUGUAUAUGUUUUCCAUUUAGGGCAUUAUCUAAAAUGUCUUUGGCACGAAGUUGCGGCUUAUUAUUGAAAAUACUUAAAGAUUAUACGACAAUACACCAGACGGUGGACUGUACUGUUUCCAGAAGAAGAAGAAGAAGAAGAAGAUUGCAAGUUAAAGGAUGUUCGGUAUUAUAACAUUGUUGUCUAGAAAUCGGAAGUUAUUUUACAUCUUUAGAAUGAAGUUUAAUAUUUGCAUCAAUUUAUUGUUAUUUUAAUUGGCCUAUAAUACGUAUAAUAAUAGGCCUAUGCGGUGCGAAAAUAAAAUCUUGUGUGUGCGGUUUUUUUUUUUUUUUUUUUUUUUUUUGGGGGGGGGGUAGGUAGUUUUUGUAUGCCUUGGUAUUUUCUGGUCUUCAGAUGGCGUUGACUUCUGUGGUGGCAUUUGACUAGUUUGCAGCACAGACCCUGAUUGGAACUUUCAGUACACAAGGCAUGAGUAGGCUGCACAUUCAGACCCUUAACUCGAGUGAAGGGUUUGCCCAGCAGACUAGCAUUUGAUGUCGAUCGUUCAGAGAACGCACUCUAAUAUGAAGUGUAGAUGUGUAAACCCCGAACCACGGUAUUAACAAAAGUGGAAAGUCUAGGCCUACGCUAUAUAAUCAAGUCGAUCGGUAAAUUGCUAAAUCGUCUAUUGCCAACUCGUACACUCACCACAUGUUCUAUACUUCCAUUUAUUCUAAUGCCAUUCCGUCCAUCAACGUUUCGUCUAACAACCAUUCGGUCUAAUCAUCACUUCGUCUAAUCACCAUUCCGUCUAUGACCUUUUCGAUCCAUAACCAGUUAAUUGGUCUAAUAUCCAUUUUAUUUUCAUUAAUUUUGUUUAAUGAACACUUAGUACAAUUAGACCAAAUGUUAUAUGGACUAAAUGGCUAUAGGACCAACAGGUUAUUAGACGGAAUGGUGAGUGGACGAAUUGGCAAUUAGAGUAGACUAUGUGGAUAGUGGACGAACCGAUGGAAGGCCAAAUGAUAGCAGACAAGUUGGCGAUUGGACGAAUUGGCAUUAGACGAAUUGAAAAUUAACCGUUGAGUCAGACACGAUGAACGUCAUAAAAGUUCGACCAAGUUGGACGUUCAACAAGUUAACAAUGCUCCCAACAAGUUCUUCAGAUCAGAUUCAAAAUUCAAAUAGAAGUUAAGAGACAGAGAUGAAAGAAAUUUUGGACUGGAAUAUUUUGUUAUCAUUUGGUUGCAUGAAUAAUUCUGUAUAUUAAAUCGAUGAGGAAAUUAAAAGUAGCUGCAUUGA